UAAAUCAGAAGUGAUUAGAGAUCCUUUGAUUCCACAUUCACAACCAUUGAAUUUCAUUUUUAUUCGUGUUGAAUGAUAAGGAUAUGAAAUCUGAGACAUCUCUCCCAAGAGCACUUAAUACUUUUAUUUUGAAUUCAUCGCUCUCAAAGCCACCGGAAUACAUAGCGUUUCUCCUCACGGAAAUCGGUUUUGUGGGUCAUUUUCUUCCGUGCAGACAGGGGCCACUGGGGCAGGUCUUCUGGAGGCUUUCUGUGCAGAUCCAGCUUGCUUGUUUAGUUGGAAGUAUUGUCGUCGUCUCUGUUUUAUUGAAGAACUAUUUUAAUAUUCGCAAGAUGUCGAACUGCGUUUCUUUUCAGGCUCAGUUGGCCUAUAUCCUGGAUGUAUUGGCUAAAUCAGCCUUAGCAGAAAUCACUAAACUCGUCGACGAUGGGUCUGCUGCCUUGCGUUUGGAGAUGUCCCGAAGCCAAAGAGAGAACGAAGCGCUAAAAACGAAGUUACUGCUGAUGGAGGGAGAGCUCAGGGCUGUGCGAGGAUACGGAGAGGGAACGCCGGAAAAUUCUCUAAACAUCUCUUUUGAAGUUCAAGUUUGCGACGAAUUCGGAGAAGCACAAAGACAGAAUGGAAAUCGUCUGACCCCCGAGAAAGUCAGUAUGGGGCGGCUUGAAAGCUGUGGAUCAGUUUCAAUGAAAACUGAAGACGCACGUUUACAACUGACACAUAUCAAACGCGAGCCUGAAGAUGAGGAGCUGGAUUGGUCUGAAUCUCUGCUGCUCAGUGAGGAUAGGCUGGAAGAGGAUCCGGAGGGCAGCCAAUCACAGGCAGAACAGGAGAAUACCUGUGGCAUGUUGCGGGCAGCUGAAGGACCCCUCUGUGAGGAGGAGGAGGAGGAGGAGGAGGAGCUGCGGGUAGAACUCAAACAGGACCCGGAGGGCUGGCCUCUCGCCCCCCCUCCCAACCUGAUGCAGGUGCACUGUGUCUGGAGCGAGGCCGGAGGCUUGGGCACACUUCCGGAGAAACACGGACCGCGUGGAGGAAAGGAAAAGCAAAGAGAUGUGCAGGGGAAUCUGGGCUGCUGUGAAGAGUUUCAGCGGGCUACUCCGGGAAAAAAGAUUCGUUUGUCCGGUAAAGAAAAAAUGGCACGUUAUAGAGCUCGGAUAAACAACGAUCCCAUCGCAAGGGCGGAGAAACUUGCCAAGAGAAGACUGUGGUACCAGAUGAGGAAGGCGAAGGGCUUCCUGGACCACGCGCCCAUCAGCGCGCUGACCCGUGAGGAGGUGGAGAAGCGGCGCUGUCAGUGGCGUGUGGCCCAGAGGAGACGCCGGGCGCGACGCCAGCGGGGCGCGGAGGCCACGGGCCUGACCCCGCCCGCCCUGGACACCGGCGGCUCGGCCGCCAACUCCGGACUGUACGCGUUUCUGCCUUUCUGAGCGCGGUACGCCCGGGGUGCUGACCGCCCCCUUCCGCCCGCGACGCACGCAGCCAAAACCAUCACAGACCAUUACGAUUAUAACGUAAUAAUUAUAAGUAGUUAUUUGCGGCUUACUGUUGAUUAGACUACGCAGGGGCGGAACAAUCCCCCGCCCCCCCCCUCCCUUCCCGGAAGCAAUGUGGGGUUAAGGGCCUUGCUCAGGGGCCCAACAGCUGUGUGGAUUUAAUGGUGGCUACACUGAACUGCCGACCUUCCGGGGCCCAGUCACGCCCUGUUGGCAGCGAGGCUCCGGACUGCUCCUCCUGCCUGUGCUCGCUGUGCGAAGACGCCCCCUGGUGGGCGAUGAGGGGAGGAGCUCGCCGAGCCGUUGGGAGGAACGGCAGGAACGGAAGAGUCCGUCGGCGUCAGACUUGACCAAUGGCGUGCGCCCAACAAGGAAGUGACAUCAGAGGAAGUGGGAGGACAUCUGAAAUUUGUUACCUCCGCCUGUAGCCUGUCCGAGAGUCAGAGACAGGCCUGCUCGGUCAGGGGGGCACGUUCGUCGUCAGAAAAAAAACAUGAACGCCUUUUCUGCCUGAAUAAAGACUGAUUACUGUGUUUUUCCUGCCUAAAAAUAGUGCUUAGGUGCCUGUGUGACAGGGUCUGCAUUCCAGUUUUGCCACUCAAGACUCAAAAUGGCCAGAUGAACCUUUUUACCGAAUGAAUCCACCUUGAUGUAUUAAAAUGCUUUUAAUGCGUUCACUCAACGAAUGCACCAUCCCUGUCGUCACUGGUGUUGCUUUUACCUUUUCUCACAACAUAAAAGGUUUUUUAUGAAUUUUAGCUUCAAUCUGCACAUAAAGGCUAAAAACGGUGUAGAUUUAUGAUAAUACAGUCCAGAGUGCAGGGUCAUUCGUGAUGAAAUUUCACGACAUUUCAAAGCGGGGAAAAUCCCUGGAAUAAAUCAAAUAUGAACGGCGUGUUAAAGUGAUUGUUACCGAAGGGCAAGUAUCUGUCCUUCCUAAAGUCCUUGCAAAUUCAUCAAUGCGUCAUUACUUUUCCAGUCUUCGCAGUCUGAAAGUCUGCCUGUGUUUGCUGCAUUUCGGCUUUGUGUGACAAAAAUGUAUCUUGUAAAUGCACUGCAAAGUAAAAUAAAUGUGUAUAUACAUACGUAUGCAGAGCUGAGAAGCUAAAUUAAAUUGUUCCUAGCGUCACAAA